AUGUCUGCAGUAAUAAAGCUGAAAACCCUAGAGGGACAUCUGGGGACUUUGUCUGGGUUCUCAGAGCCAAAACUUCAGUUGGAGCAAUAUGAAACACCAGCUCAUAUAGCUGCAGUUGCUCUUUACACUAUACAGACACAAUUUGGAGCUCUAGAAAACAAACUAGUACUAGAUGCGGGCUGUGGUACCGGCAUGCUCUCUCUGGGAGCAUCAUUACUGGGAGCUGGCACUGUAGUUGCCUUGGACAUAGAUGAGCUUGCCCUAGAAGUCUUGCAGGAGAACCUUGAGGACACUGGAGUUACGAACAUUGAUGCUGUUCAGUGUGAUUUCCUUAGCUCUAAUAUUUGUAGGUGGAAUAAUUAUUUUGAUACAGUUCUCAUGAAUCCCCCAUUCGGCACUAAGAACAAUGCUGGAAUAGAUAUGAAGUUUCUGAAAAUAGGAUUGGAUCUCACUUCUGAUAGUGUUUAUUCUUUGCACAAAUCAUCGACAAGAUCUCACAUUCAAAAGAAAAUAAAAGAAUGGGGUGUCAAAGGAAGUGUGAUAGCAGAGCUCCGUUAUAAUUUACCAGCCACAUACAAGUUCCAUAGACAACAGACCAGAGACAUUGAUGUAGAUUUAUGGAGGAUAAACCACCCAAGCAUAGAAUAAUUGUAAUGUAUUGAAAAUUAUGGAUUGGUAUAUACAAAACAACUAUUAAAGUUUACACUUUUUUAAUAUUAUAAAUGAGUUACAAAAUUAAUGAUGCAAAUAUACUUAAACAAUAAGUAAUUCAACGAAAAUAAACUCUAUCAACUAAA